UUUACCUAGCUUCAGUCCUACCUCCUAUCUAGUAUACUAGUGAGCCUCUUAGAUGAACCUUAGGCAUGUAUUAUAAGUAACUUGUGUUGUGUACCAUUUACUUAAUGGGUCCUAGAUUUAGUAUCUUACCUUGUCUAGGCCUUCUCAUGGUAACUGUUGUUGUUAGCAGCCUCACCCUGUUUAGGUGUUGUAGGAGUGUACCUUGGCUGAUGAAGACCUAGCAUCUCUUUAAGCUGCGGAAGACUCCAUUUGCCUGUGGUUCAUUUCAAGGGAAUGCUGGCUGCCUGGGCACUGCUUCUUAAAAAAUAGAUAACAAAAAAGUGGUAUAAAACCACUGAAAGGAAGACCUCUGUGAGGCUGGCCUCUGAGAGAAACUAAGGAUGUUACCCUCAUCAAACUAAGGGACUCUGAGCUUACAGACGUAUGGAGCUCCCUGAACGCCCUCCUCGAUUUGGGACCGAGUGCUGAGGGAGAACCGAGCCGUUCCGAGAGAUGCUGUCCUUCAGGCCGUCUCUGUCUGGGAGGAACGGACGGCACCGGGCUCUUCGCUUCAGGACGCGUUUCCCGCCUUGCAGCGGUACCUGAGGAGCGCUGAGGGGCCGCCGCCCGCCCCACCCUCCGCCUGAGCUCCUCCCGCCGCAUCCCCACCUCCCUCCCUCCCGUGUGCCGCCGGAGCCCAGGCGGCGGGCAGCCCCGCCACAGCGCGAUGAGCUCCGAGUGCAGCAGCUACCUCAACGCAGACAGGGUGCUGGUGAGCGGCUUCAGCUGCCCGCGGGUGGGAGGCGAUGCCCGCGCCGUGUACUGCUGCGGCUUCCAGGACGUCAAGUACUGCUGCGAUGACCCCCACAGCUUCUUCCCCUACGAGCACAGCUACAUGUGGUGGCUCAGCAUUGGAGCGCUUGUGGGCCUGUCAAUAGCAGCGGUGGUCCUGUUUGCUUUUAUCAUCACUGUGUGUGUUCUCUGUUAUUUGUUCAUCAGCACAAAGCCACACAGCAAACUGGAUACUGGCUUAAGCCUACAGAUGGCAGAUAUGGAACUGCAUCCUUCACAUAGUGGCUACCAAAACAAGCUGUUGACAGAACCACGUGGCUUCAAGAGAUAUUUCCUCAGACACAAGGAUAGUCUGUGACCCACAAGAACCUCACCAACUUUUCCAGAGUUUUUUUCCUGACUGCUGUAAUUGCAGCUGAUUACAAGACGUCAACCUGAGCUGUGUCAGGAUAUGCAUUUCUGUAUGAUUACUGUACUGGGAAGUAUAUUUUAAUUUGCAUCAGCUACUGCUGCUAAUUACUUUCAUGCAAAUUGUUGUCCUAUGCUGUGCAAUUUCAGUGAUAUAACAGUUGUCAGGCAGAGCAUAAUUUGGUACAUCCUGUUGACCAAGCUUUGUUUGAGAUUUUCUUUGUGUGCCAUCUUAAUGUGAUGUCUUUGCAUUAUUAGUAUGAUCUUUAAUCAAGUGUGGUGAUUAGGUUCACAAACAUGUGAAUGCAGUUCCUCAAUAAAAUCUGGCAUUCACCUGUGUUGUUUUUCUUAAUUCAUCACUUUCCCCAGCUUAGUUUCCUCAAAGUUAUCAUAGAUCUUAAAAUUAUUGUGAUGAGGAAAUUCCUUAACAAAAUGAAGUUCAUAAAAGAAAGUCUGUCAAAGAUCAGAAGGGGAAAAAAAAAAUUGAUUUUUGCCAGUUUUGCUGUCUGGUUUUCUUUGAGGAUUCCAACCUUGAAAUUCACAUAAAUAUAUCCUUAAUUUUAAAUCAGCAGUCAAAUCCUUUUAAAACAAAAGAAAUGAUAGAAAUUGCUUGAAUUUCAUACAAGCUUGAACUGUAGGUCUUGUGAUUUUUAAGUUAUAAAGUAGUAAGACUUUGAACAUUGCAGACGUGAUAAAAGUCCUUAGUGACCUCAAGAGUGUUGUCUACAGAUAACUGGUUCAUAUGACUGUACUUGUCUAUAUAGUGCAUGUGCACAACAUCUCUGUAGAGAAAGAACCUAUCCAUGCAGCUCCUAGGCCAUAAGUCUCUCUCCAAUAUACUGAAAUUUACAUUUUAGUUACCUUAUAGUUUUGCCACUUCUUUAUAGCCUUCUCCUGUAUUCCUAUGCUUUUUUCCAAUAUGCAUCUUUUACGAAAAACUGUUGAAGAGCCUUGCUUUAUAUACAGAAGAGUACAUUUUGAUGGCAAGAGCAACACAAAGUUGAAAUUUAUUAGUGGAAACAAUGUAAGCACAAAUAACUGCAUAAAAAUACCAUUUUUUACAGCUGAUGUUUCAGGAUUCUCUAGCUGAAGAGACAUAAGUUGUAGGAAACAACAGCUUCAUUUUUAUAAAAAAGAAGCUGGUGUGAAUGGAAGGGCCAUGGGAUUGUUUUUGACAUUAUCAUGUUCUAUCAACUCUGAGCUGUUACUGAGCCAGUCCAAGCAGCAUCGCCUUGAGGACUUUGUGGGAGAAAACGGGCUAAAGGAGGCUUGGGAUCUGUUGGCUGUGGAUGAAUGUCUGCACAGAGGUAUGGAGGUAUUAAUGGGCCAGGAAUACACACAAAAAGAGUGACCUCAAAGGACCUGGUGAAAGGGAAGUUCCUGCAUUACUCCCCAGCAAUGAGAAUGUCUUGUUUGUUUCUUCUUUCAAUUCCUCUUUUUCAACCCACUCAGUUUGAGCAGGCCCUAGUCUGGCUAAAUCUGGUACAAAUGGUUUUGAUGGUUGGAAUUGGCCUCCUCAGCUCUGAGUACGGUAAAAUCUCUAUCAGUUCCAAAAGGGUGUUCAGAAGUCAGCUUGCCCCCAGGAAUAGAGAGGAAGGGGCAGGGGAGAGCAGGAAGAUUAUUUAUGUUGUCAGUUCUCAUGUUUUAUAUGAUAGUCUGGAUUCCAGAGAUGGCACCUUAAGAUGACUUGGCCUGUUGCUGUUAUGCAUCUCUGCAUUCCCCCUCCGCUUUCAUGUGGCGUGUAGUGGAUACCU